GGGGGGGGGUGGUUGUGUGUGAUGGCCCCGCGCUUCUCGCCGCCCGCCCUGUAAGGGGAAGGGGAGAAAAAAGAGAACUCGCCCCUCGACAGCGACAACAGCGGCUCCGAUUGACAACGUGAGGCUCAGCCGCGGCCGCCCGAGAUGCUGCAAUUCUGAACACUUGCACUGAAUCGUGCAGUAUUAACUGAUGGUGACAUGGAUGCUCGAUGCAUGACCCGAACACUACAGGUGGUUGAUACUGAGUACAGUGCGGAUGCUGUUGAAUGGUGUCCCAUUGAUGGGUGGCAUAACGUACUGGCCUGUGGUACCUACCAGCUGAAGAUGCCUGAGGACAAGGCUGGUGGAGAUUCAGAAAACACAAAACCUCAUAUGCGACUGGGUCGUCUUUACCUCUACAGUUUUCAUCAGGAGCAGCUGUACUCUCCGCUAACAGAAGUGCAGAGGAUUGAAAUGCCUGCAAUCCUAGAUCUGAAAUGGUGCCAUGUGCCGUUGGCUGAACAUCCUAUGCUGUGCCUAGCGAAUGCUGAGGGAAGGCUGGAGCUGUUUAAUCUGAUAGCUGAAGAGAAAAACAGCUGCUUGUUGGAGCCAGUGUGCAGUGUUGCUGUAGGCCCGGAGUGCCUUGCUUUAUCCCUGGACUGGUCCACAGGAAGAGGAAAUCAGAGUGAAUCAGUGAAGAUUAUUAGCAGCGACUCGAAGGGUUGUCUGAGCCUGGUGUCUGUGGGUGGUUCCAGCCCAGCGCUUGAUGUCGUCUCUCAGUGGAAAGCGCAUGAUUUUGAGGCUUGGAUUUCAGCUUUCAAUUACUGGAACACUGACAUUGUAUAUUCAGGAGGAGAUGACAACAAGCUGAAAGGUUGGGACACACGAAUGGAAACUGACGGGCCAGUCUUUACCAGCAGCAGGCACUCAAUGGGUGUUUGCAGCAUCCAGAGCAGUCCUCACAGACAGCACAUUCUGGCUACUGGAAGUUACGAUGAGCACGUGCUUGUCUGGGACUCCCGGCAGAUGAAACGGCCGCUGGCUGAUACUCACGUCCAGGGAGGUGUGUGGAGGUUGAAAUGGCACCCCACCCAGGAGCAACUGCUGCUAGCAGCAUGUAUGCACAAUGGAUACCACAUUCUGGAUUGCAAGGGGGCAUUUGCUGCAAGUGUGGAAGAGUGCCCCAUCCUUUAUUCUUAUAUAUUGCACAACUCACUAGCUUAUGGGGCAGACUGGUCAAGACUACCUCUUGAUGCUCAACUUGCUGCAGACUCUCAACCGCUGUCCUCGUCUGCGACAGAAUCCCAGAAGAGAGGGGAAUGUGAAGAGGGAGCAAAGAAAUUGGAGACUGAGUUCCAGGACUUGAAGAUCCAGUACGAGUCUCCUACGGGUAUCUUUGAUAUGGUGAUGGAAGGGGAGGCAGAAGAUUUUUCUGGGCCUGACUUUGCUGAUGGGUCGCAAGCCAGUGGUACAUCUGAGGGAGCAGAUAUGCACACUGUAGAUGGUGCAGAGCAGCCCAAGCACGAAGCUUGCAGUAAUCAGGAAAGAACUGGCGCUAGCCUUUUGGCAACUUGCUCUUUCUAUGACCACAUUUUACACGUCUGGAAAUGGGAAAGAAACAGCACUGCAUCUUCCAGAUGAGUCUGAUUUGUAAAAAAUUUUGUAAUCCUUACCAUUUAUAACGUUAAAUAAAGCAGUAUCUUGGAUAAAACUUAUGUGUACAAGAAAAUAGA